AGGGGGCAGCGCCGGGGUUUACCAACCACAACGCAACGAGGUGGAGAAUUCCCUUCCCCAUCGCUCGGGCUCUGGCACUUCACUGCGUUGCAUCCAUGUUGCUGCAGCUCGUGUAUCCGCUCGCCAGGGCUCUGCUGGGGAGGAGGACGAGGACCUUCUGCGCCUCCAGGCACUCGGCUGCCAUGUCCACGUUGCUGAUCCAGCAGCCCGGCUAUGCCUGGCUCCGGGAGCUGGGGCUGAGGGAGGACAACCUGGGGGUCUUCAACGGGACCUGGGCUGGCAGAGGGGAGAUUGUCACCUCUUACUGCCCUUCAAACAAUGAACCGAUAGCACGAGUCAAACAGGCCAGUUUAGAAGAUUAUGAGGAGACUGUGCAGAAAGCUAAAGAAGCCUGGAAAAUAUGGGCUGAUAUUCCAGCACCCAAACGUGGAGAAAUUGUGAGACAAAUUGGAGAUGCUUUAAGAAAGAAGCUUAAAGUCCUGGGCAACUUGGUUUCUCUGGAGAUGGGCAAGAUUUCAAUUGAGGGUGUAGGAGAGGUGCAGGAGUACAUAGAUAUCUGUGACUACGCUGUGGGACUCUCUCGGAUGUUUGGGGGGCCUAUGCUGCCAUCUGAGCGCCCUGGCCAUGCUCUCAUAGAACAGUGGAAUCCACUUGGCCUUGUGGGAAUCAUCACUGCGUUCAACUUCCCUGUGGCGGUUUAUGGCUGGAAUAACGCUCUUGCACUCGUCUGUGGGAACUGUUGCCUUUGGAAAGGGGCUCCUACUACACCUCUGACCAGCGUUGCAGUCACACAAAUCAUUGCAAAAGUUUUAGAAGACAACAAACUACCAGGUGCUAUUUGUUCCCUAACCUGUGCCGGAGCUGAUGUUGGUGCUGCGAUGAGCAAAGACGAGAGGCUGGACCUGCUCUCCUUCACUGGCAGCACCAAUGUGGGAAAUCAAGUAGCUGUAGACAUUCAAAAGCGAUUUGGACGAAAGCUUCUGGAGCUUGGUGGGAACAAUGCAAUCAUUGUGUUUGAUGAUGCUGAUCUAAACAUGGUGGUUCCGUCCGUCCUGUUUGCUGCUGUGGGCACUGCGGGACAGAGAUGCACAACCACCAGACGCCUGCUAUUGCACGAGAGUGUUCACGAUGAAGUGGUCACGAGACUCACCAAGGCUUACAAACAGAUCCGCGUCGGAGAUCCUUUGGAAUCUAAUACUUUAUACGGUCCCCUCCACACCAAGCAGUCUGUGGACAUGUAUUUGGCUGCAGUUGGACAGGCCAAACAGCAAGGUGGUAACGUGGUUUGUGGUGGAAAGGUGAUCAAUCGUCCAGGAAACUAUGUGGAGCCAACCAUUGUAACCGGCCUUGCCCACAAUGCAGCCAUCGUUCACACUGAAACAUUCGCUCCCAUUCUGUAUGUGCUUAAAUUCAAGUCUGAGGAGGAAGCAUUCGCCUGGAACAAUGAGGUCAAGCAGGGGCUUUCCAGCAGCAUCUUCACCAAGGACGUGGGUCGCAUGUUCCGUUGGAUGGGACCCAAAGGUUCAGAUUGUGGAAUUGUUAACGUAAACAUCCCGACCAGUGGUGCUGAAAUCGGAGGAGCUUUUGGUGGAGAAAAACACACUGGUGGCGGAAGGGAGUCUGGCAGUGAUGCUUGGAAACACUACAUGAGAAGGUCUACUUGCACCAUCAACUACAGCAAGGAGCUCCCUCUGGCUCAAGGAAUCAAAUUUGAAUAAUUAGUGUUGGUGACUUGCCACAAACUAUUGGGACUUCUGUCUCCAAGAGCAACGAGAGAGAAUUUGUUACAGAAUGCUGGAGUGCAAGAGAAGCAGAACCCCGUUGUAAUGAAACAGAAUGUGCAAUAAAGUGGAAAACUUUUAAUUUC